AAGCCCAAACUCUGCCAUUCUCCAUAGCCCGGAGUUGAAAGCACACUGAGGGAACCCAGCACGGUGUGACAGAAAGAGAGAGAGAGCAAGUGACAAAGUAACUAAUAAAACUAGUGAAAUAUACAGUGAGGCUUCGUGCCUUGAGAAAGAACGACAGAGUACACGAAUACGUUCAAGUUUGGUGAAGAAAACGUGUUGGAAAAGUUUUCUGGGCUGUGGCAGAAAGCUGUGGACCGCUGAAGAUGCCAGAGCAAAGGUGUUGAACCUUCCAGAAGGAAAGAAAAAGGAAGACGGGGGAGAGUUUGAGCAUUAGACUUGGAAAUUCAGAAAGAACAAGGGCUGGCACGGUCCACGCUAGGGGACAGGCGAAGAAGUAACACAUCAGGUACAUCUUCAGGAUGGCUGAUGAGCAGGACACAAGGGAAGUGCUUUUCCCACAGUGGAUGGGCGCUGAUAAGCAUGGGCUCACCAUUGAACAAAAGGGUCAAGGAGAGAUUUUUGUCAAAGAGGUGAAAGAUGAGUCCCCUGCUGCACAUACUGGGAAUGUACAUGAAGGUGACCAGAUUGUCGGGGCCACCAUUUACUUUGACAACAUGAGCUCAGAAGAAACAGCUGAACUACUAAAGACUCUAAACCAACAUAAGGUUGGACUGAAAUUACAAAACAAGACUGGAGACAAGUCACCUUGCCGUUCUCCAAUGGGGACAUUGUCAUGGGAAGGACGUGGAGGGUUAGGAGGCUCUAGUUCAGACAUUUUCCUGAGUGGGGAUGACGAAGACUAUAAAAGAAUCUACACUAAGAAAAUUAAACCAAGACUAAAGUCUGAGGAUCUUGCUGAGGGUGUUGAUGUACGCACAGAACGUCACAGCAGCACAAGCAGUGAUGGUUGCACCAUUACUACAAUCACUCGUCGAAUAACUACCUACACUGUGGAUGUGCCCGGGGGGACUAGUCAGCAGAUUGAUCACUCAAGCCCUGAGUUCAAAAUUCAGGUUUUGCAACAUGAGCAGUUGGAGGGGGAUACUACUCCGAUCAGAUUACCACAUAGUAGCCUUGUUAGUGGUGUACACAGAGGUAUAAAAAUGGGUGACAUAUCUCUUAGCGGGCCUCAUAUGACUGGCUCCUGUGUGAAGCACUGUAGCACAGAAUCUUCCAAAACAACAAGUGAAUUAGAUGGUAGUGGGAAAGAAAUUACAUUUAAUGUGUCAGACACUGGACUGUCAGGUGGAAAAGGACAGAGGGUGAUAGAACAUAUUCGAAGGACUGAAGUUACUGCAGGGAGUAGUGAACACUCUGGCAACGUUACCAUGGGGUUAGGCAAAGACGUGAAAAAUAUUUAUUCUCCAAGUAUGAUGGGAGGAACUGAACUUUCUACAGUAAAGGACUCUCAUGUUUCAGGUUUUUCCAUUAGUGGAGAUACAGGGGACAGUAUUGGGAGAGAAUCUUUGUCUAAAUUUCAUAAGGAUGGGUCUGAUGAUAAAACCAAAUUGUCUAAGGUUACCAUAGAUGUUCAGAGACCCAAGGAAAGUCCAAAUGUAGAGGUGAAUUUUAACAAUCAAAAUCUCAAAGAUUUUAGUCAGAGAGGUUUUAGCAUAACUGGGAAUCAGGAAAUUUCAGCUCAGGAACCUGAUACAGUAGUAAGUCUAUCCAAAGCUGAUGUUAAAAUCACAUCAACAGAUAUGGACAUUAGGGGUCUGGAGCUUAAAAUUGAUGGACAUAAGGGUAUAGUAAAAGAUGUUACAUUUGAUGUGCCGUCAAAUACUGCUCAAAGAAUUUCUAUGCCAGAUGUGGAUUUGAACCUGAAAGGACAAAAAGCGAAAAGAAAUUUGUCUGCUCCAAAUGUUGAGGGAGUCAAAGGUGACUUUACUGUUCCAAAGGUCAAAAUACCCUCAUUUGGAUUUAAAACUUCAGAAGUGAAGGGUCCUGAUGUUGAUGCAAAUCUUGUCAAAGCCAAAAUGGAGAUUAGAACACAAGAUGUGGAUAUGAAUACUCCAGAGCUUAACAUUUUGAGAUCUGAAGGAAAAGUUAAAGAUCCCCAAAUCAAAAUGCCAUCAAUCUCUGGUCCUAAGAUUUCAGUGUCUGAAAUGAACUUAAAUGUAAAAGGGUCAACACUAAAAGAGGACAUCAACGUGUCUACUCAAAAAGUGGAAGGAGAUGUUAAGGCACCUAAGAUUGAGGGUCCAGAACUUCAAGGUACUGAUGGUCAUUUUAAAAUACCAAAAAUGAAAAUGCCUUCAUUUGGAAUCCAUGCUUCAAAAGUAGAGGGCCCUGAUGUUGAUGUAAAUCUUCCCUAUGCUGACAUGAAAAUCAAAAGUCCAGAGCUUGACAUUAAUGGAUGUGAGGGAAAGAUCAACGGCUCCAAAUUCAAAAUGUCUAUGCCAGAUGUUGACCUCAAUCUAAAAGGUCCAAAACUGAAAGGUGAUGUUGAUGUUUCUAUUCCAAAAGUGGAAGGAGAUAUUAAAGCACCAAAAGCUGAGAUAGAAUGCCCAGACAUUGAAGGACCCGAGAGUGGUUUUAAGAUGCCAAAGAUCAAAAUGCCAUCAUUCGGAAUGAAGGGGCCAAAAGUGGAAGGACCAGAUGUUAAUGUGAAAAUCCCUAAAGUCAAUACUGAAGUUAAGGCACCAGAGGUGGAUAUCAAAGCUCCAGAGUUAGACAUUGCAGGAACUGAAGGAAAAAUCAAGGGCCCCAAAUUCAAGAUGUCAACAGUGUCUGGUCCAAAGAUGUCUAUGUCAGAUGUUGACUUCAACCUGAAAGGUCCAAAACUGAAAGGUGAUGUUGACGUGUCCAUUCCCAAAGUGGAAGGAGAUCUUAAAGCACCAAAAGUUGAGAUUGAAGGCCCAGACAUUGAAGGACCUGAGGGUCAUUUUAAGAUGCCAAAGUUCCACAUGCCAUCAUUUGGAAUGAAGGGUCCAAAAGUGGAGGGUCCAGAUGUUGAUGUGAAAAUCCCUAAAGCUGAUAUUGGAGUUAAGGCUCCAGAUAUUGACAUUAAUGCUCCAGAGUUAGACAUUGAAGGUCCUGAGGGAAAAAUCAAGGGCCCCAAGUUGAAGAUCCCAUCAAUUUCUGGCCCAAAUAUUUCUAUGCCAGAUGUUGACUUCAACCUGAAAGGUCCAAAACUCAAAGGUGAUGUUGACGUGUCCAUUCCUAAAGUGGAAGGAGAUCUUAAAGCACCAAAAGUUGAGAUUGAAGGCCCAGACAUUGAAGGACCUGAGGGUCAUUUUAAGAUGCCAAAGUUCCACAUGCCAUCAUUUGGAAUGAAGGGUCCAAAAGUGGAGGGUCCAGAUGUUGAUGUGAAAAUCCCUAAAGCUGAUAUUGGAAUUAAGGCUCCAGAUAUUAACAUCAAUGCUCCAGAGUUAGACGUUGAAGGUCCUGAGGGAAAAAUCAAGGGCCCCAAAUUCAAGAUUCCAUCAAUCUCUGGCCCAAAUAUUUCUAUGCCAAAUGUUGACUUCAACCUGAAAGGUCCAAAACUGAAAGGUGAUGUUGACAUGUCCAUUCCCAAAGUGGAAGGAGAUCUUAAAGCACCAAAAGUUGAGAUUGAAGGCCCAGCCAUUGAAGGACCUGAGGGUCAUUUUAAGAUGCCAAAGUUCCACAUGCCAUCAUUUGGAAUGAAGGGUCCAAAAGUGGAGGGUCCAGAUGUUGAUGUGAAAAUCCCUAAAGCUGAUAUUGGAAUUAAGGCUCCAGAUAUUGACAUCAAUGCUCCAGAGUUAGACGUUGAAGGUCCUGAGGGAAAAAUCAAGGGCCCCAAGUUCAAGAUCCCAUCAAUCUCUGGCCCAAAUAUUUCUAUGCCAAAUGUUGACUUCAACCUGAAAGGUCCAAAACUGAAAGGUGAUGUUGAUGUGUCCAUUCCAAAAGUGGAAGGAGAUCUUAAAGGACCAAAAGUUGAGGUUGAAGGCCCAGACAUUGAAGGACCUGAUGGUCGUUUUAAGAUGGCAAAGUUCCGCAUGCCAUCAUUCGGAAUGAAGGGUCCAAAAGUGGAGGGUCCAGAUGUUGAUGUGAAAAUUCCUAAAGCCGAUAUUGAAGUUAAUGCACCAGAUAUUGACAUCAAUGCUCCAGAGUUAGACAUUGAAGGUCCUGAGGGAAAAAUCAAGGGCCCCAAGUUCAAGAUCCCAUCAAUCUCUGGCCCAAAUAUUUCUAUGCCAGAUGUUGACUUCAACCUGAAAGGUCCAAAACUGAAAGGUGAUGUUGACAUGUCCAUUCCCAAAGUGGAAGGAGAUCUUAAAGCACCAAAAGUAGAGAUUGAAGGCAAAGACACUGAAGGACCUGAGGGUCGUUUUAAGAUGCCAAAGUUCCGCAUGCCAUCAUUCGGAAUGAAGGGUCCAAAAGUGGAGGGUCCAGAUGUUGAUGUGAAAAUCCCUAAAGCUGAUAUUGGAAUUAAGGCUCCAGAUAUUAACAUCAACGCUCCAGAGUUAGACGUUGAAGGUCCUGAGGGAAAAAUCAAGGGCCCCAAAUUCAAGAUCCCAUCAAUCUCUGGCCCAAAUAUUUCUAUGCCAAAUGUUGACUUCAACCUGAAAGGUCCAAAACUGAAAGGUGAUGUUGACAUGUCCAUUCCCAAAGUGGAAGGAGAUCUUAAAGCACCAAAAGUUGAGAUUGAAGGCCCAGACAUUGAAGGACCUGAGGGUCGUUUUAAGAUGCCAAAAUUCCACAUGCCAUCAUUCGGAAUGAAGGGUCCAAAAGUGGAUGGUCCAGAUGUUGAUGUGAAAAUCCCUGAAGCCGAUAUUGAAGUUAAUGCACCAGAUAUUGACAUCAAUGCUCCAGAGUUAGACAUUGAAGGUCCUGAGGGAAAAAUCAAGGGCCCCAAGUUCAAGAUCCCAUCAAUCUCUGGCCCAAAAAUUUCUAUGCCAAAUGUUGACUUCAACCUGAAAGGUCCAAAACUGAAAGGUGAUGUUGACAUGUCCAUUCCCAAAGUGGAAGGAGAUCUUAAAGCACCAAAAGUUGAGAUUGAAGGCCCAGACAUUGAAGGACCUGAGGGUCGUUUUAAGAUGCCAAAAUUCCACAUGCCAUCAUUCGGAAUGAAGGGUCCAAAAGUGGAUGGUCCAGAUGUUGAUGUGAAAAUCCCUAAAGCCGAUAUUGAAGUUAAUGCACCAGAUAUUGACAUCAAUGCUCCAGAGUUAGACAUUGAAGGUCCUGAGGGAAAAAUCAAGGGCCCCAAGUUCAAGAUCCCAUCAAUCUCUGGCCCAAAUAUUUCUAUGCCAGAUGUUGACUUCAACCUGAAAGGUCCAAAACUGAAAGGUGAUGUUGACAUGUCCAUUCCCAAAGUGGAAGGAGAUCUUAAAGCACCAAAAGUUGAGAUUGAAGGCCCAGACAUUGAAGGACCUGAGGGUCGUUUUAAGAUGCCAAAAUUUCACAUGCCAUCAUUCGGAAUGAAGGGUCCAAAAGUGGAUGGUCCAGAUGUUAAUGUGAAAAUCCCUAAAGCCGAUAUUGAAGUUCAUGCACCAGAUGUGGAUAUUAAAGCUCCAGAGUUAGACACUGAAGGACCUGAGGGAAAAAUCAAGGGCCCCAAAUUCAAGAUCCCAUCAAUAUCUGGCCCAAAGAUUUCUAUGCCAGAUGUUGACUUCAACCUGAAAGGUCCAAAACUGAAAGGUGAUGUUGACAUGUCCAUUCCCAAAGUGGAAGGAGAUCUUAAAGCACCAAAAGUUGAGAUUGAAGGCCCAGACAUUGAAGGACCUGAGGGUCGUUUUAAGAUGCCAAAGUUCCGCAUGCCAUCAUUCGGAAUGAAGGGUCCAAAAGUGGACGGUCCAGAUCUUGAUAUGAAAAUCCCUAAAGCCAGUAUUGACGUUCAUGCACCAGAUAUGGAUAUCAAUGCUCCAGAGUUAGACAUUGAAGGACCUGAGGGAAAAAUCAAGGGCCCCAAGUUUAACAUGCCAUCAAUCUCUGGUCCAAAGCUUUCUAUGCCAGACUUUGACUUCAACCUGAAAGGUCCAAAACUGAAAGGUGAUAUUGACGUGUCCAUUCCUAAGGUGGAAGGAGAUCUUAAAGCACCAAAAGUUGAGAUUGAAGGCCCAGCCAUUGAAGGACCUGAGGGUCAUUUUAAGAUGCCAAAGUUCCACAUGCCAUCAUUUGGAAUGAAGGGUCCAAAAGUGGAGGGUCCAGAUGUUGAUGUGAAAAUCCCUAAAGCUGAUAUUGGAAUUAAGGCUCCAGAUAUUGACAUCAAUGCUCCAGAGUUAGACGUUGAAGGUCCUGAGGGAAAAAUCAAGGGCCCCAAGUUCAAGAUUCCAUCAAUCUCUGGCCCAAAUAUUUCUAUGCCAAAUGUUGACUUCAACCUGAAAGGUCCAAAACUGAAAGGUGAUGUUGAUGUGUCCAUUCCAAAAGUGGAAGGAGAUCUUAAAGCACCAAAAGUUGAGGUUGAAGGCCCAGACAUUGAAGGACCUGCUGGUCGUUUUAAGAUGGCAAAGUUCCGCAUGCCAUCAUUCGGAAUGAAGGGUCCAAAAGUGGAGGGUCCAGAUGUUGAUCUGAAAAUUCCUAAAGCCGAUAUUGAAGUUAAUGCACCAGAUAUUGACAUCAAUGCUCCAGAGUUAGACAUUGAAGGUCCUGAGGGAAAAAUCAAGGGCCCCAAGUUCAAGAUCCCAUCAAUCUCUGGCCCAAAUAUUUCUAUGCCAGAUGUUGACUUCAACCUGAAAGGUCCAAAACUGAAAGGUGAUGUUGAUGUGUCCAUGCCCAAAGUGGAAGGAGAUCUUAAAGCACCAAAAGGUGAGAUUGGAGGCCCAGUCAUUGGAGGACCUCAGGGUCGUUUUAAGAUGCCAAAGUUCCGCAUGCCAUCAUUCGGAAUGAAGGGUCCAAAAGUGGAAGGUCCAGAUGUUGAUGUGAAAAUCCCUAAAGCUGAUAUUGAAGUUAAUGCUCCAGAUAUGGACAUCAGAGCUCCCGAGUUAAACAUUGAAGGACCUGAGGGAAAAACCAAGGGUCCCAAAUUCAAGUUGCCAACAAUGUCUGAUCCAAAGAUUUCUAUGCCAGAUGUUGACUUCAACCUGAAAGGUCCAAAACUGAAAGGUGAUGUUGAUGUGUCCAUGCCCAAAGUGGAAGGAGAUCUUAAAGCACCAAAAGGUGAGAUUGAAGGCCCAGACAUUGAAGGACCUGAGGGUCAUUUUAAGAAGCCAAAGUUCCACAUGCCAUCAUUCGGAAUGAAGGGUCCAAAAGUGGAGGGUCCAGAUGUUGAUGUGAAAAUCCCUAAAGCUGAUAUUGGAGUUAAGGUUCCAGAUAUGGAUAUCAACGCUCCAGAAUUAGACUUUGAAGGACCUGAGGGAAAAAUCAAGGGCCCCAAAUUUAACAUGCCAUCAAUCUCUGGUCCAAAGCUUUCUAUGCCAGACUUUGACUUCAACCUGAAAGGUCCAAAACUGAAAGGUGAUAUUGACGUGUCCAUUCCUAAAGUGGAAGGAGAUCUUAAAGCACCAAAAGUUGAGAUUGAAGGCCCAGACAUUGAAGGACCUGAUGGUCAUUUUAAGAUGCCAAAAUUCCACAUGCCAUCAUUCGGAAUGAAGGGUCCAAAAGUCGAGGGUCCAGAUGUCGAUGUGAAAAUCCCUAAAGCCGAUAUUGAAGUUAAGGCUCCAGAUAUAGAUAUCAAUGCUCCAGAGUUAGACAUUGAAGGACCUGAGGGAAAAAUCAAGGGCCCCAAAUUAAAGAUCCCAUCAAUCUCUGGCCCAAAGAUUUCAAUGCCAGAUGUUGAUUUUAACCUGAAAGGUCCAAAACUGAAAGGUGAUGUUGACAUGUCCAUUCCCAGAGUGGAAGGAGAUCUCAAAGCACCAAAAGUUGAGAUUGGAGGCCCAGACAUUGAAGGACCUCAGGGUCGUUUUAAGAUGCCAAAGUUCCGCAUGCCAUCAUUCGGAAUGAAGGGUACAAAAGUGGAAGGUCCAGAUGUUGAUGUGAAAAUCCCUGAAGCCGAUAUUGAAGUUAAUGCUCCAGAUAUGGACAUCAGAGCUCCCGAGUUAAACAUUGAAGGACCUGAGGGAAAAAUCAAGGGUCCCAAAGUCAAGUUGCCAACAAUGUCUGGUCCAAAGAUUUCUAUGCCAGAUGUUGACUUCAACCUGAAAGGUCCAAAACUGAAAGGUGAUGUUGACGUGUCCAUGCCCAAAGUGGAAGGAGAUCUUAAAGCACCAAACGUUGAGAUUGAAGGCCCAGACAUUGAAGGACCUGAUGGUCGUUUUAAGAUGCCAAAAUUCCACAUGCCAUCAUUCGGAAUGAAGGGUCCAAAAGUGGAGGGUCCAGAUGUGGAUGUGAAAAUCCCUAAAGCCGAUAUUGAAGUUAAUGCACCAGAUGUGGAUAUCAAAGCUCCAGAGUUAGACAUUAAAGGACCUGAGGGAAAAAUCAAGGGCCCUAAAUUUAACAUGCCAUCAAUCUCUGGUCCAAAGCUUUCUAUGCCAGACUUUGACUUCAACCUGAAAGGUCCAAAACUAAAAGGUGAUAUUGACGUGUCCAUUCCUAAAGUGGAAGGAGAUCUUAAAGCACCAAAAGUUGAGAUUGAAGGCCCAGACAUUGAAGGACCUGAUGGUCGUGUUAAGAUGCCAAAAUUCCACAUGCCAUCAUUCGGAAUGAAGGGUCCAAAAGUGGAGGGUCCAGAUGUCAAUGUGAAAAUCCCUAAAGAAGAUAUUGAAGUUAAGGCUCCAGAUAUAGAUAUCAAUGCUCCAGAGUUAGACAUUGAAGGACCUGAGGGAAAAAUAAAGGGCCCCAAAUACAACAUGCCAUCAUUCUCCGGUCCAAAGCUUUCUAUGCCAGACUUUGACUUCAACCUGAAAGGUCCAAAACUGAAAGGUGAUGUUGAUGUGUCCAUUCCUAAACUGGAAGGAGAUAUUGAUGUACCAAAAGUUGAAAUUGAAGGACCUGAGGGUGGUUUUAAGAUGCCAAAAAUGAAAAUGCCAUCAUUUAAAAUGAAGGGUCCACAAGUGGAGGGUCCAGAUGUUGAUGUGAAAAUCCCUAAAGCUGAUAUUGAAGUUAAGGCUCCAGAUAUGGAUAUCAAUGCUCCAGAGUUAGACAUAGAUUUGCCUGAAGGAAAAAUCAAGGGCCCAAAAGUCAAGAUGCCAUCAGUAUCUGGUCCUGAAGGUCCUAAUGUUGAGAUUAAUUUUCCAGAAACAAAUGUGAAAAAGCCAAAAUUCAAAAUGCCCAAGUUUGGAUUUAAAGGGUCAAAAAUUGAAGCACCUGAUGUUGAUUUCAAACAUCCGAAAGGAUCUAAAGUGAAAGGUCAAGCAGGUGUCAGUUUGGAGGGUGAUGUCUUCAUGCCAAAAUUGGAAGUUGAUUCUUCAAGUGUAGAAAUUAAAAGUCCAGAGGGAGGAUUCAAGAUGCCAAAAUUUAAAAUGCCAAAAUUUGGUUUUAAAUCACCCCAAGAAGAUAUUGAUGUCAGUGUACCUUGUGGUGAUGUUGAUUUAAAUUCACCUGAUAUUGACAUCAAAACAUGUGAUCUUAAAGUUGAAGGACCUGAGGGACGAAUCAAGGGCACCAAAUUCAAAAUGCCUUCUAUAUCUGGUACAAACAUUUCUUUGCCAGAUGUAGACUUAAACUUUAAAAGUCCAAAAGUCAAGAGUGAUAUUGAUGUUUCUGGACCCAGGAUUUCAGGGGACAUAAAGGCUCCAAAGAUGGAUAUUGAAUGUCCUGAUGUUGAUUUAGAGGGCCCAGAAGGUGGUUUCAAAAUGCCUAAAAUGAAAAUGCCAUUAUUUGGGUUCAAAGGUCCUAAAUUGGAGGGCUCUGAUAUUGACAUUAAUCUCUCCAAAGCAGAUGUUGACAUUAAAGGACCUGAAAUUGACAUAAAAACACCUGAUCUUGACAUUGAAGGACCUGAGGGGAAAAUCAAAGGUCCCAAGUUCAACAUGCCUUCCAUAUCAGGUCCAAAGAUCUCUAUGCAAGAUGUCAACUUAAAUCUUAAAAGCCCCAAAGUCAAGGGUGAUUUGGAUUUUUCUGUACCAAAGAUUUCAGGGGACAUAAAAGCUCCAAAAGUGGACAUUGAAGGUCCUGAUAUUAAUUUAGAGGGCCCAGAAGGUGACUUCAAAAUGCCAUCAUUUGGGCUCAAAGGUCCUAAAGUGGAGGGCCCAGAUGUUGACAUCAGUCUUCCCAAAGCAGAUGUUGACAUUAAAGGACCUGAAAUUGAUGUUAAAGUUCCUGAUCUUGACAUUGAAGCCCCCGAUGGUGGUUUAAAACAUGUUAGGCCCCUCAAAUUCACAGGUCCCAACCUUGGAAUAAAGUCUUCAGGUGGCAAUCUUUCAAUGCCUGAAAAAGAUUUAGGUGCGAGGAUUGAUGUCAAAAGCCCCGAUAUCAAUAUCAGUGGAACAGAUGCAAAUAUCAAGGUGCCAAAAAUGAAUAAAUCUAAAUUUUCAAUUAGAGUUAAGAGCCCAAAACUGGAUGCAGAUAUUCCUGAUUCUGGUGGUAGUGCAGAAGGGCCUGAUAUAGAUGUGAAAGAAAAUAAGGGUAAAUUCAAACUGUCUAAAGUGAAGGGAAAGUCUAAAACGUUUGAUGGUGAUCUCAAGUUGGAGACAAAUGAACCUGACCUACAGAUGAAGUCAAUCAAAGUAAAGAAACCUCUUUUUGGAAAGUUACAUUUUCCUAAUGUGGAAUUUGAUAUCAAAUCUCCAAAAGUUAAAGGUAGUUCAUCUGCAUCUGGAACUAUAAAAUCUAAUGUUGAUUUGCCUUCUGCAAGCCUUAAAACUGAUAUUCAGACACCAGAUUUCAGUGGUCCCAAUUUCCAAACAAAAGGGGGAAAAAUCAAAAUGCUAAACCUCGGCAUUUCUGGCUCUGAGAUAAAAACUCCUGAACUGGAUGUUAGAAAUGUAUCAUUAGAUCUUCCAGAAAAAGCUUUUAAUUCCCAAGAUGUCAGUGUAGCAGGAUCAGGCAUUAAUGGAAAAAGCAGGGCUAACAUUGACUUAGAAGGAAAAAUACAGGAUGUUAGGUUGACAGUGCCUGCUGUAAAUGUUCAUGGUGGUGCUUUAGAUGCUGAUUUAAAUCUCACUGAACAAAAAGGAGUAAAAGGGAGCAUAGAAAUACCAGGCUUUAAUGUACGAGGACAAAAAGAAGAGACUGCAAGUGGGCUAGACGUGAAGCCAGAUGCAUCAUUAUCUGGUGUGAUGGAGUACCAAGAUGUUAAUGUAACCUUUCCUAAAAUCAAAGUACCAAAGUUUGGUGUUGCAUUGCCUAAAGUAGAUUCAGGUGAAUUGGCUGCUGGUUCUAAAGUUAGCUCCCAAAGUCUGGAAAUGGAGAACACUGAAAUGAAAAGCAGUGGUGGAAAAGUGAAAGUCAAAAUGCCAAAAUUAUUUACCAAAUCUAAAUCUAAAGGUGGUAGUGCAGCUGAUCUUACUGUUGAGGGAGAAGAAAUUGAUGUUACCAGUAAAGGUGGUGCAAAGGUGUCUAAGGAGUUUAGCCUUAGUUCUGGGGAAUUGACAAGUGGCAAGUUAGCAGUAGAGGGAAGUUCUGGGUUUAAAGUUACACCAAAGAGUAAAUCUGCCUCCCUUGACCUCUUAAAAAGAAAACCGCUUCACUCAUCUUCUGUAAGUGAUGAGGGAGGUUUAGCUUCCCCUGUUUCUGCUGAAGGCCACUUACAGACAGAGGGUGGCAAUGUUUCAGUUGAUGUUGGAGAAAAGGUUAAAGGCAAAAAAGGAAAGUUCAAGUUUGCCACAGUUGGAGGUUUUAGCUCAAAAAGUAAAGGUUCAUAUGAAGUGACCGAUGAAAGCGAAGUUAGAAUGGAGGGUGCUGGUGGAGUUGCUCAGUCUUCAAAGAAGUCCAGAAUGUCAUCAUCAUCUAGCAAUGACAGUGGUUCAAAAAGCAGUUUUCGGUUACCACGACUCGAAAUUGCGGUUUCCCAAAAAAAAUAGUUUUCGCGCUAUUAUCUAUACACAGCACAUUCACAUACACACUUUUCUCUUUCAUUUAAACAAAAGUGCACUGCCAUAUUGAUUGUUUUCAAAACUCCCACAUAUGUUCUUUUCAGGCUUUGAUAUAUAUCUCGUUUUUUAAAAAUCACAAUUUAACUGUAAAUAAGUGUAAAUUUUUAUUUCGUUUUAUAGGUAGGAAAUUCAAAUCCAAUCCAACAAUGUGUGUAGUUAAUAUAAAAAUCAUCUUAUAAUUUGUUCUAUUUUUGUACCUUUGAAAAUUUUUGGAACACUGUAAGCACUUUCUAAAAUUGUCAGGACAUUUAAAUGCAAAAGGAAUGAUUUUAUUUAGAUUUGAAAGAAUUUUAAGACUUAAUCUUCACAUAAAUAAUUAGUGCUGUAUCAUAUGUACUCAUCACAGUUUAAUAAUUAAUUUGAGCAGUGAUACACCAGAUCUCAUUAGUGAGCACAAUUAAGUUUUAAAUGCUGUACAAACUGUAAAUAAAUGGAUUCAAAACGAAUACAUGGGAAAUAAUACAUAACUUUGUGUCCCAAAUAUUAUGACAGUUCAGAUAUUAUGGAUUACAUUUAUUAUUAGAGAUUAUAAUCUUCUAAAAUAUUUAUAUGUAAGACUCUUUUUCAGUGAUUGCUCGCCAGGAAGCAGCUGGCAAAAGCUGUGACUUGCUUUGAUUUUUAAUGGUUUCAAAGGCUUGUUUUUCUUAGUUACAUUUUCCACAUUUCUCUACAUCCGGUUGACUCUCUCACUAAAUUAAUGAAAUAGUGUGCUGUCAUGUGAUGAUGUAACUACAAGAAUGCCAAUGGUAAAACAUUAAUAUUUUUAUAAAGUCACAAAAUGUGCAUUGCCCUUGUAAAUAAUGGGACAUUUAAGCUGCAAGUUUCUAACUUUUUUUUCUUUGUAUCGGUUGCAAAAAAUAAAGUGAUCAAAUAUUCAA